ACGUGAUCUCAAGAGGACGUGUCUCUCUCUCUGGAAGAUUUAAACACAUAUAUCUCUGGAAAAUAUCAAACGCCGCGUGUGUGACAGUGUGUGUGUGUUGGAUCUUAACGCGUGUGAUGAACGAGCGCAUUAAUUAAGCGAUAAUCAAAACAAAUUAACAUCGGGACAUGUCUCAAUGAAACACUAAACUGACGGAUUAAAAGCAAAGUUUUUCGAGGAAAAGCCAAACAAACUAUCGAAAAAGGCUUUAUGUUAAAGCUCAGCCCAGCGAGCAUGACAGUUACAGGUCUGCGCCAGACGAUGACCAGCCCCACGGUGCCGCCAAGCAGCAACACACCCGCGGGCAACAUCAGCAGCAGCAACAGCAGCAGCAGCAGCAACAUGAGCGGCAGCAACAUGACCAGCAGCAACAUCACCAACCUGAGUCCCAAUCACCCGGCCGGCCUAAAUCCCCUGGCCAGUCCCACCUCGCCGUCGGCACUGCUGCUGGCCCACCAGCAACAUCUGCUGCAGCAGCACCAUCAACACCAGCAGCAACAGCAGCAGCAGCAACAGCAGCAACAAGCGGCCCUCCAGCUGGCUGCAGUGCAUCCGCCGGCCCAUCAUCUCCACAAGACCACCUCCCGACUGAGCAACUUUAGCGUGGCCUCUCUGCUGGCGGAUACAAGGCCCAGAACGCCAUCGAAUCAGCCGGCGGAUGGACCCCAAAACCUCACCAGUUCGGCGGCUACGUCACCCAUUUCUCAGGCCAGCAGCACACCGCCUCCGCCGGCGACUCCGGCCGCCCAAGUUCCCGCCAACACCUUCCAUCCCGCCGCUGUGGCGCACCACGCCCACUUGCUGCAGGCCGCCCACGCGGCAGCAGCGGCACAUGCCCAACACCAGGCGAUGGCCGCCCAACUGAGGCAGCAGCAACAGCAAGCCGAUGCCCGGGCCAAUUCUCCACCCGCCUCCACGAGCUCCACGCCCAGUUCCACGCCUUUGGGAUCGGGACAGGGCUCUCAAGGAAACGUAGCCUCCAUUCCCGCCAAAAACGAACGUCAUUCGCCUUUGGGCAGUCACACGGACUCGGAAUUGGAGUACGAUGAGGAGUUGAUGGCGGAUCAUGAUGGCGAUCAUGACGAGGAAGAGGACUCCAUUGUGGAUAUCGAGGACAUGAAUGCGGACGACUCGCCGCGAUCUACACCCGAUGGCCUGGAUGGCAGUGGCAAGCUAAUGGAAUCUCCACAUGGACCGCCGCCGGGCUCGCACAUGCCCUCUACGAUACUUUCGCCGGCGGCCCUGGCCUCCGGUCAUGUGCCCAUCCGGCCGACUCCCUUCAGUGCUUUGGCCGCCGCGGCUGUGGCCUGGACGGGAAUGGGAGCCGGAGUUCCGUGGCCAGGAGCCAGACAAAUGGCGCCCUUCGGACCCCCGGGAAUGUUUCCGGGAGCAGGAUUCGGUGGAGAUGCCAACGAACCCCCUCGGAUCAAGUGCAACUUGCGGAAACACAAGCCCAACCGGAAGCCCCGCACUCCCUUCACAACACAGCAGCUGCUCUCGCUGGAGAAGAAGUUCCGGGAGAAGCAGUACCUGAGCAUCGCCGAGCGGGCGGAGUUCUCCUCGUCGCUCCGGCUGACGGAGACCCAAGUGAAGAUCUGGUUCCAGAACCGAAGGGCCAAGGCCAAGCGCCUGCAGGAGGCGGAGAUCGAGAAGAUCAAGAUGGCGGCCUUGGGUAGGGGAGCGCCGGGCGCCCAGUGGGCCAUGGCCGGGUACUUCCACCCGAGUCUGAUGCACCUGGGAUAAGUGGCGGCCCAGUUGGUGGGCCACGAUAGCCAUCAGGUGCGCCACCAACGCCCAAUGAGCCAUAGUCCCCAUCAUCAUCCUCAUCCUGGUAACCAAAUAGCCGCUGGCGCCGGUCCUCGAGCGGAAACCCCCAAAAUUUUGCUGUGAUGUUAGCGCAUUUUACGUUACGAUACUUCCAAAUGUUGUUUCAAAUGCACGCCCUGUAAAUAGGUAUAAGGAGUCGAGAGAAGCACCCGAUCUAGCCGAUCGGAUCUUGUAUAUAGCGAGAGCAAAAGCAGAAAUAUGUUUCCUAAUUGUACAUAAAACUAGCAAGUAAACCCAAUCAAUUAUUAUGAAAAGGAAGAACCUUCGUUCGUUUGUUUCGUGUAAUCAGUUGACAAAGCGUAAUUGAACGUAAUUUAUUUGCCCAACUCAAGUCAAUAAGCGUAAAAAGAAGAUUAACUAAAUUCAGAUUUCAGAUUUCAGAUUGUAUUGUAUUUUGCAAGGUAGGAGUAAGUCAGUCUAGCUAAUGGAUCGAUCGUGUAUUUAAAAAAUACUUCUAAGCAUCUAAACUAAACUAAUCUAAAGCUAUAACUAUGCCGUUAAAGUACUUUACGAUAAUACCACAGACCUAUACAUAUAGUUCAUACUGCAUACUAUAUAUUAUGAAUACCAUAUAGCGUUAAUCCUCUGUAGUUGUUUAAUCAUAAAUCAUUGAAGACAAAAUGUGAAAAAAUAAUACAAAAACAAGCUAAAAGAGCGCAACAAAAAUCAUGCAAAAAUCA